AUGGGCUCGGAAAACCCCAACGCACGACCCAGCGACCCCGACGGUCUCGUGCUCGAAGCCUGGGGCCAAGGCCUGAUGGUAGGAUCGCUGGUCGUCAUGGCGGCCGUGACCUUCUCGAACAUGAAGCGACGCAUCCUGCUGCAUAAGUUGAUUUUCGCCGAAUUAAUCCUCGCAAUGCCCCACGGCACCUUCAUCUUCGCCAAACCCCCCACCUACGGCUGGUACCUGUCCGUCAGCGCCAUCGGGCUGAACAUCUCCUGGAGCCUGCACAACGUCAUCGCCUGGAUGAAGAACAAGCCCUUCCUCUCCGCCCGCGUCUCCCGCUUCUACAUCAUCACUGUUCUCCUGGUCCAGCCGUACUGGGUGCUUGAGAUCUACGCGAACUUUGCGUUUUUUAAUAAUUUCAAUCGGGUCUUUUUAAGGACCAGGCCGUUUGAGCCGUUGUUUCGAGACCCCUGGUGGAUCUUCACCACGCUGUCGCUCUUCUACACCAUCAAGCGCGAAUACAACUUCGGGAUCCUGGAGCUCGUGCUCGUGAGUCCGCGGUUCGGAAUCAUGCUCGCGUCUAUGUGCUUGAGCAUCGCUUUCAUCGUCGUCGAUACCUGCGCCGUCUUGAAUGCGUUCGAGGGCUCCGGGCUGCCGACGGGGAUCGAGCCGUUUUGGAAGCUAUCAUUCAUAUUCAAAUGCCUCUGCGACACCGUGAUCCUCGACGAUUUCAAAACCGCCCUGGACCGCAUGCGCACCUACUGGAUCCAGAAGCGCGCUGCCUCCGGCGAGAUCUUCCUGGCCGACUAUACGACGCGCGAGCGCUCGGGCCCGUGGCCGGGGUCUGGGGAUGGGAAUGGGUUUGGGCAUGGGGUGCCGAGGGUGUAUUUGAGGGAGGAUGUUUCGGUUUCGGUUUCUGCGUGA